AACCAACCAAUUCCAUACUAAAAUGAAUGUUGUUGUUGUUAAUGUAGUAAAAGUUAGUUGGUUUUUGGUUGCACCUAAUGAAUUUUCACAUAGUAGACAUAGCCAACAAAAACACCUCCCAAACACUCAAAAAUCGAUUAUCUCCAAGUCUCACUCUCUAGUUUUCUCCGCCCCCUUUUACUUCCCUUAAUAAUUUCUCUCUUAUUUUCAUAUAUAAAAAUAACACAACCUCAUUUUCUGUUCCAUUUUCCUUUCAUAACCGCAUUCUUAAACAAACAAAAAAGCACAUCUCUGUUCUUUUUUUCUUAGUUUUUUUUGGUUGCAAAGUGUGAAGAACAAAAAAUGUCUUUCACUGCAACAAAAUUCUCACACUCUCUUCUUGCUGUUCCUGUCAAUUCUUCAAGUCCUAGAUCCAAUGAUAAACCACUUUCUUUCUCUUCUGAUCUCUUCAAACACAACCCUUCUUCCUCUUUUCUUGGAUCCACUCAAAAGCUUCUUCGUUUCAAUGCUAUCAAUAAGCCUUUUCUUCAUCGCCGUUCAUCAUCACCUUCUGCUGUUCUUCUUCAACAAACCUCCAAUUUGCUUAUUACUAAAGAAGAAGGGUUAGUGCUUUAUGAAGACAUGGUUUUAGGGAGAUCCUUUGAAGACAAAUGCGCUGAGAUGUAUUAUAGAGGUAAAAUGUUUGGCUUUGUUCACUUGUACAAUGGCCAAGAAGCUGUGUCAACUGGAUUCAUAAAGUAUUUGAGGCAAGAAGAUUGCAUAGUGAGCACAUACAGAGACCAUGUUCAUGCAUUGAGCAAAGGGGUCCCUUCUCGAGCUGUCAUGAGCGAACUAUUUGGAAAGGCGACUGGAUGCUGCCGAGGUCAAGGUGGUUCAAUGCAUAUGUUCUCAAAAGAACACAACGUGCUUGGUGGUUUUGCAUUCAUCGGUGAAGGAAUUCCAGUAGCAACCGGUGCAGCAUUUUCCAUGAAGUACAAAAGAGAGGUGUUGAAUCAGGCAGAUUCUGAUAAUGUUACGUUGGCAUUUUUCGGAGACGGAACUUGUAAUAACGGUCAGUUCUUUGAGUGCUUGAACAUGGCAGCUUUGUGGAAAUUGCCAAUUGUGUUUGUCGUGGAAAAUAAUUUGUGGGCCAUUGGGAUGUCGCAUAUCAGGGCAACUUCAGAUCCUCAGAUAUGGAAAAAGGGUCCAGCAUUUGGAAUGCCGGGCGUUCACGUUGAUGGGAUGGAUGUUUUGAAGGUCAGAGAGGUGGCGAAGGAAGCAAUUGACAGGGCUAGAAGAGGAGAGGGACCAACUUUAGUGGAAUGUGAGACUUACAGAUUUAGAGGACAUUCAUUGGCUGAUCCUGAUGAGCUUCGUAACCCUGCUGAGAAGGAACACUAUGCUGGUAGGGAUCCAAUCACUGCAUUGAAGAAAUACCUUUUCGAGAACAAAUUAGCCACUGAACAAGAAUUGAAGACAAUAGACAAGAAAAUUGAUGAGAUCCUUGAGGACGCUGUUGAAUUUGCCGAAAAGAGUCCUCAACCCCCUCGCAGCCAGCUUCUCGAGAAUGUCUUUGCUGAUCCGAAAGGUUUUGGAAUCGGACCGGAUGGAAGGUACAGAUGCGAGGAUCCAAAGUUUACAGAAGGCACUGCUCAUGUCUAAUCCUUUCUUGCGCGCUUUCAUUUUUGUAUCAAUGUUUUUUACUCAUAUGGUUACUAAUGACAAAAUGUUACUCAGAAUGCAUCAUCUAUCUUGUUUAAUCUAAACAGGAUCUGUUAUUUAGGUUGGAAGUUUGGUUUUUCAUGUUUUAUAUUUAUUAUUGUUUGUGGAAUUAGUGUUAAGAAUGACAAUCUUCAAUGUUUUAUUUGAGCUUUCUAUGAACAGUAUAAAAUAAAUUAAUUUUUUUUACUACUGUUUUCAA